CUUCAACCUACUAGAAUUUCUUUUGCGGUAAGCGACUUCACUCAGAUGUGACCCAAUGCAAAGCUGACGGCUAUGGCGAUCCUUGCGGAACCCGUGCAGGAGAUUGUCUUCCGGGAUUCUCCCUCAUCUCUGCACCCGCUUAUCAGGCGAAGCAAUGGGCUUACCGGGCUUUGCAAGGACAUACUGGAGAUGUUGAAGAAGAGUCCAUCUGGAGGUUCUUCCAGUUCGACAGGUGAGCUUAAAGCAGAGGAGCUUGUGGAACUGGGUGAACAAGCUUUGGAUCUUGAAGAAUUGGAGGACUGCAUGCAGCAGAAGUGGCCAAACCGCGACGAGAGAUCUUCAGCCUACCAAAGGCUGGUGCUAUCUGGUGUGCGCUCACCUCAGGCUUUGCUGACUGCACUUUUUGAUAGACCUGCUGGAAAGUGUCGUUUGAACCAGAUCCUGGAAGAUGGUGGUUGUAAAGGGCUCAAGGCCGAUGCGUUGGCGUCCCUCACAGAGCAGCUUGAGGUGCGUGCACGGCAACGGAUUGAAGUGUCAAUGGAGGGCCCGCAACCAGUGCUGGUCACAGCGCCACACAAUAUUUAUUUGAGAAGAGAUGGACAGCCACCCCACAUGAUGGAGGAAUACACGACGCUGAUUGCACAACGCCUUGCUCGGCAGCUGCGCGGGGCAUGCCUGUGCUGGAGUCGUGCUGAGCAGAAGAGGUCAGAGCUUUAUUGGUGUCUUGGACGAGCUCAAUCUGGGGAGGCUGGAGAUCUCAGUAGCUUUUUGAGCCCAAACCGAGAUCCGAAUUACUUGCGCAUCGAAGAGGUCGCCCAAAAUCCAUGGUUUCGGCAGAUGGCCAGGCUUGCAGACCAGUGGCGAUACACGAAGGAAGGCAGCAUUCGUCCAACCCUUCAUAUCGAUGUCCAUGGAUGUCGGGAUCCGCCAGCAACUCCAUCACACAUCACAGUGGGCUUGGCGGCGAUGCACCAAGAGGUGGUGGCAAAGCGAAGUCCACUGUCUCAGAGCCGGUUGGAAAACUUUGCGCAAACCCUGCAGGUGGAACUCACCUCUGUCCUGGGGAACCUCGACUUGCGGCCGCGGGCACAGUCCGUGCGGGUUUUGCUGCAAGCAGGUGUGGAACGCCUCUCUGGUGCUUGGCCUGCGGAGGAGCAGCGCCUCACCCAGUCCCAGCAGGCAAUGGCUUUUGCUGGCUUCACUCACUCAUGUCAGCUGGAGUUGUCUAAGGCACUCCGGAAGGCUCUGAGCCGGGAUGACGCUGGUACUGCUCGUUUGGGCCGUGCUGUGACCAAGGCUUGGGCUCUGUGCUGUCGCAGUGAGUCUCUUCCUUUGCUGCGAUCUCCUGGAAAUUCAGGCGAAGAGAAGGAUUUAGAGGCCAGUGUGCUCGGCCCAAGACCGGGUAGCGGAACACGCAAGAGGCGAGAGCGGCACGGCCUCCGGCGGAGUGCUUAAUGUAGGAGCUACUAGUGGAGGAGCUACCAGAGAACCGGUUGUACAGAUCCGGACAUUACACUUUGCCGGAGCUUUGGUGUGCCCCCUUUUUUGUCCCAGACCCUUCGACCACUGUUUCGAAGGAAAAGGGCGCUAUCAUAGCGAAGGGUUAGGAGGGAAAGCGCCAUUUUUCACGAGCCAGAGUUGGCUCAUCAGAGUCUUAGAGACUUGUUGCCUCUGAGCAGUCUCAACACAGGCAGACCUUCUGAGAGGUUGCAAGUGGUUUUAGUGCUUGCACGACCGAGAUGGAUGCAAAA